GUUAGCCCAACUCAUUACUUGGCGAGCUGGACGACGAUCAAUCCACUCUCUCUGUCCUGAACUCACAUCAAGAAUUACCAGCCUAAUAUGCACCUCGGGACGGGAAGGCGAUAACACAUUUUCUUUCAAUUCCAGCGUCAUGGCGCGCCAGAGAGGUGCUUCUACUGCCUCUUCCCAAUCAUCUCUUCCUGAUCAGAACCAGGAGCUAGGGAGCAUGUAUGACUACCUAGCAAAGGUCAUUCUUUUAGGUCCAAGUGGUGCCGGAAAGUCAUGUCUGUUGCAUAGAUUUGUGAAGAAUGAAUGGAGGGUUCUAUCUUCUCAGACCAUCGGUGUUGAAUUCUCUUCGAAGAUCGUAAAGAUCGGAACCGGCUCGAGAAGGAAACGUAUAAAACUACAGCUCUGGGACACCGCAGGGACAGAACGCUUUCGCUCCGUGUCGCGUUCGUACUAUCGCGGUGCUGCAGGUGCAAUAUUAGUAUAUGAUGUCGCAUCUCACAUCUCUUUUAACGCACUACCUACUUUCCUACUUGAUGCUCGAGCCUUAGCGUCUCCGAAUUUAACGGUGCUACUAGCUGGAAACAAGAGUGAUCUGAUUACAGACCCUAUUAAUCACGGAGAUUACUGGGAGGAGGGCCAAAGAAUACCAGCCACGCCUAAUAGUACAUCGAGUAAACAGUCGCCCUGGGCGUUUGAUUCCGGUGGUGGAUCUGUUCGAUCGAUGAACAGCCCGAUCGCUGGGACAAGGAUGACCGCCACAAUUGCGCCAGACGGGGGUGAGGUGUCCUUGGAAGAAGCGUCGCGGUGGGCAGCAAAGAAUAACAUUCCCGUUGCUGUGGAAGUGUCUGCACUAUCUGGGGAAGGGGUGGACGAAUUGUUUACUCGAUUGGCGAGAAUAAUUCUCACCAAGAUCGAGCUUGGGGAGAUCGAUCCAGAUGACCCGCAGAGCGGAAUUCAGUACGGAGACAUGUUUGGCAUGAGCGCCAGCGAUGGCGGAAGUAUCCGAAGUGGAAUCACUGUUGAUGAUUCUUAUGUCCAACUUCGGCAAGGAAAGAGCCGCAAGAAAGGUGGCAGAUCCUCCACCAUGCGAGAAUGGGAAGACGUGUUCCGAUUAGGAGGUACAACCAGACGAAGAGGUUGUUGCUGACACUGGACCGUUUCGCAUUUCCUUCCUACGCACGCAUUUACAUGGAAGUUGACCAGAGAUACCUGAUUCUGGCCACCACAUCUUGUUUCUUUUCUUUCUUUGAUCGAUGAUUCUUCCCGAUAUCCCCAUCUCCUCAUUUCGCCUGGCUCCUGUACCCUGUAAUGUUUACUUAUGUUAUUCACGUCGAAAUGAUACCCCAUCACAUUCAUUUUAUCCUCGCUAUCCGUCCGCUCUGGUCGGACAACCUGCCCUGCGGGCACGUAUUUUUUGUAAUACGUUUGCAAUUUUGAAGUUGGCUUCUCACCACGGCGUUAUACUACUUCUAAGCGUAUAUUUCGCAGCAACAGCUAGAUAGUUCCAAGUACAUCCCAAUGCUAAUAAUAUAUCAUUUUUCG